AGAGGUUUCUCGGGCUGCGCGGCGACGCGGGGCCGCAGGUAGCGGGCUGUGUCUGCAGGUCGGGCCUCUCUGCCGCGCGUCGGGCGGCGCUCGGGCCGUGUCCGGGCCGUGGGCCUGCGGCUCCGCGGGGAGCUCGGCGUAGUGCUCCGCGCCAGCGGCUGGGCCUGGGGCGUGCCUCGCUUGCUGCUUUCGCCUGUCUUCGGUGCAGAGCGCCUCGCUAACGCUUGCCUUGAAGCUGCUGGGCAAGGUUCUCCCAAUGGCUUCCUUUGGCUGGAAGAGAAAGAUCGGCGAGAAGGUCUCGAGAGCCACUUCCCAGCAGUUUGAAGCAGAGGCGGCGGACGAGAAGGGUCCGGGUGGUGAUGAAGAUGAGGACUGGGUGCACGCCUCGAAGAGAAGGAAGGAAGUUCUCCUUGAAGACUGCGUAAAGAAGAGCAAACGGCUGAAGGAUGAGGGGGCAAGUUUGGCUGAAAAUAGGAGGUACCGGGAGGCUAUUCAAAAGUGGGACGAAGCACUUCAGUUAACUCCAGAGGAUGCUACACUUUAUGAGAUGAAAUCACAGGUCCUGAUGUCUUUACAUGAAAUGUUCCCAGCAGUGCAUGCAGCAGAAAUGGCUGUUCAGAGGAACCCACGUUCCUGGGAUGCCUGGCAGACUUUGGGACGUGCCCAGCUUGGAUUAGGAGAGAUAGCACUGGCAAUCCGGAGUUUUCAGGUAUCCUUACACAUCUUUCCAAUGAACCCUGAAGUAUGGAAGGAAGACCUUUCUUGGGCAAGAAAACUACAUGAACAGCAGAAGGCAACAAAGACAGAGGCAGUGCAAUCACAGGCCAAAGGAAAAGAGAUUGCACAAGCAUCGAUCCCAGACUAUGACUUUGAAAGUGAUGAAAUUGUGGCAGUCUGUGCUGCCAUUGCAGAGAAGGAGAAGGCUCUUUCAGAAGCUAAAACUGUUGUGAUUGUGUCCGCUUCAGGCACAGUAGAGACUGUUACUGAGAAAGAGAAUUGCACUUCAACUCCUGAUGAAUCUGUUUUUAUCAGAGCCCGAUAGGGCAGCCCUGUGGAUUGUCAGUGCUGCUUCAAAUGUCAGUUACCACAUCGGUUUGUUUGUUUGUUUGUUUUUUUAAGCAGUAGUGGAGCCUGCAAAAAUAAAAGAUUGAAAUUAUUUUUCUUCUGUAAAGCGAAAAAAAAUGAUGUGAGUUUUUUUUUGAGAGGAAAUCCAAGAUUUUAUUUUGGAAACCUCAUUAACAAAUGUAAUGUUAAAAUGCUAGACUACAUUCUCACAUCUUACCAUAUUUCAUAAUUUUACAGGUUAAUGUCUACAUUUUCUGACUAAUUAAUGAACUGUUAUUUAAAAUGCAAAAGAAAAAGGGAUUUCAAAAUAUUUAUCUCAGUCCUUAAUCAUUAGCAUUAUUUAUCUUCCAGCUAUGGUGAACUGUUCUCUGUUAUCAGAAGCUUUUAAUUUCAUUAAGAUUAACUUUCCUAUUGGGAAGUUUCCUGUGAAACAGAGACGGAUUUUUACUUUGUGUUUGUUGUGUCUGUGAUAGACCGGAGAUCUGACCUGUAGUCAAACAAAACUGGUAAAACCUUCCAUGCUGCUUUCAGAGGUGAGUGGCUAAAUACUUCAGAUGAAAGGCAGUGCUAUACUGAACAAGCACCUGAAUGCUUAAUUAUUAUUAAAUGUUUCACUAGAAGAGCGAAGAUUCAGCUGAGACUGAAACUGGUCAUAAGUGCUAUACUACAAAUACCACUGUAAGUAAAAUGUUGGGAGUUGGAAAUAGAUAUUUCUGCAGGAUGCUGUAUUUUACAUAGCCUUUCCUUUCUAAGUAAGGCUAAUCUUAUAAAGGGGAUCAAUUUUCUUUUCACAGUUCUUGCAACCUGCCAAUUAAAUUAUGGUCUCGGUGAACCAGUUGUUCAGGGCAGCAUUGCCUGAGUCUCCAUCUUUAUUCUUUUUGGAUUUUAGAUGCUGUGGUGGAUAUUUAUAACUGUGAGAAACUUAGGAGACAUGCUUGCUUAGUCUUCAUCUUUGUUUAGGGGAAGAUGGCCACUGGUUCCUUCUGUGAACCACUUAGAGAAACAAAAUCAGGUAGUUGAUGUACUCUUUAUUAAGACUACCCUCUUUUUGUUGUCAGAGGAGACAGGAUAGAGAAGAUAGCCUCCAGACUAAACUGGAUAAUAGUCACGUUUAAAUAUCCAAAAUAAUUAUAAUUACAGUGACUAUUAAAAAAUGUAAGACAUCACCAUGCUAUGUUUUUGUUUAUUCAGUUCUGAAAAAGAUUUUUAAAUGCUUGUUGAGUGGGUGUACUUGAAUCGAAAUGCUCUGCUGUAUAAUUUCUUCAUCUUGGGUUUUCGUUUGCUUGUUUGUUUGUUUGUUUUUGUAGCAAAUAGUACAAUCUGUUCAGCAGUAGGAGGUGUUAGAAGAGUUUGACAACUCUCUUCAAAGAAGAGGCAUUCUCUGGAAAAGGAAGCGUGCACAAAAGCUGUAAGACAUCUUCUGUUUUCCGUUUUAAUGUAGUUUGGCUGUAAUCAAAUAAAUCUUUCCUUUCUUUGCCUUUUAUAAUUGCAUCUGUGUUGUGUAUUUUCUCAUAUGGAAAGGAGUCCCUUCUUCCUUGCAGAGGUCAUUGCUAUCACCGUUUCUGCUUCCACUGAAAAGAUUCGCAAAAUUACUAUUGACUUCAGUGCUGUUGGUCGAAGUUAUGGCAGUGCGCAUCUGUACCAUCAGGCUCAACAGUUGUGUUGGGCUGGAGGUGGUGGUGUUCCCAUUCCCAGUACUAAGUGUGUUUUUUAUUCUGAUGUUACUAGGUUAUAAAUUCUAGGUAUUAUCUUGUCAGUAAUAUCUUGAAACAGAUAAGUUAUUGUGAAUAUGUUACUCUUAGGGAGGAAGCUUCACUACUGAUAUUGCAGCCUCUCUCUUUUUUUUUGUACAGCAUGCCAUGUUUUGCACGUACAGGAUUUUCUGGAUCUGUUUGAAUAAAAUAAUGACUUCUC